AGCAGCUCCGGGCGGCAGUGAGGCAAGCGCCGUCAGGCGCCAAAGUGGUUUUUUUUUUUUUUCUUUUUUUUUUUUUUGCCGGAGUCGAGCGGGUGCUGCUAGCGGAGGCGCCAUAUUGGAAGGGACAAAACUCCGGCGACAGCGAGUGACACAAAUAAACCCCUGGACCCCCUUGUUCCCUCAGCUCUAAGGGCCGCGAUGUUGUACCUAGAAGACUAUCUGGAAAUGAUUGAGCAGCUUCCUAUGGAUCUGCGGGACCGCUUCACGGAAAUGCGCGAGAUGGACCUGCAGGUGCAGAAUGCAAUGGAUCAACUAGAACAAAGAGUCAGUGAAUUCUUUAUGAAUGCAAAGAAAAAUAAACCUGAGUGGAGGGAAGAGCAAAUGGCAUCCAUCAAAAAAGACUACUAUAAAGCUUUGGAAGAUGCAGAUGAGAAGGUUCAGUUGGCAAACCAGAUAUAUGACUUGGUAGAUCGACACUUGAGAAAGCUGGAUCAGGAACUGGCUAAGUUUAAAAUGGAGCUGGAAGCUGAUAAUGCUGGAAUUACAGAAAUAUUAGAGAGGCGAUCUUUGGAAUUAGACACUCCUUCACAGCCAGUGAACAAUCACCAUGCUCAUUCACAUACUCCAGUGGAAAAAAGGAAAUAUAAUCCAACUUCUCACCAUACGACAACAGAUCAUAUUCCUGAAAAGAAAUUUAAAUCUGAAGCUCUUCUAUCCACCCUUACGUCAGAUGUCUCUAAGGAAAAUACACUAGGUUGUCGAAAUAAUAAUUCCACAGCCUCUUCUAACAAUGCCUACAAUGUGAAUUCCUCCCAACCUCUGGGAUCCUAUAACAUUGGCUCGUUAUCUUCAGGAACUGGUGCAGGGGCAAUUACCAUGGCAGCUGCUCAAGCAGUUCAGGCUACAGCUCAGAUGAAGGAGGGACGAAGAACAUCAAGUUUAAAAGCCAGUUAUGAAGCAUUUAAGAAUAAUGACUUUCAGCUGGGAAAAGAAUUUUCAAUGGCCAGGGAAACAGUUGGCUAUUCAUCAUCUUCGGCACUUAUGACAACAUUAACACAGAAUGCCAGUUCAUCAGCAGCCGACUCACGGAGUGGUCGAAAGAGCAAAAACAACAACAAGUCUUCAAGCCAGCAGUCAUCAUCUUCCUCCUCCUCUUCUUCCUUAUCAUCGUGUUCUUCAUCAUCGACUGUUGUACAAGAAAUCUCUCAACAAACAACUGUAGUGCCAGAAUCUGAUUCAAAUAGUCAGGUUGAUUGGACUUACGACCCAAAUGAACCUCGAUACUGCAUUUGUAAUCAGGUAUCUUAUGGUGAGAUGGUGGGAUGUGAUAACCAAGAUUGCCCUAUAGAAUGGUUCCAUUAUGGCUGCGUUGGAUUGACAGAGGCACCAAAAGGCAAAUGGUACUGUCCACAGUGCACUGCUGCAAUGAAGAGAAGAGGCAGUAGACACAAAUAAAGGUGGUCCUUUUGUUUGAUGAAGAAAUAAACUUCAGCUGAAGAUUUUAUACAGGACUUUAAAAAGAAGAGAAGAGAAAGAAGAAACAAUGCAUUUCCAGGCAACCACUUAAAGGAUUUACAUAGACAAUCCUAUAAGAUCUUGAACUUGAAUUUUAUGGGUUGUAUUUUAAUAAUGUAAGUAAAUUAUUUAUGCACUCCUGGUGUGCUAUGAAUAUUAUUCCAGUUAGCCUUGGAUUAUUUCAGUGGCCAACAUAUGCAGACAUUUGUACUCCUCAACCAUUUUCUCAAAGUAAUGGGCAUUCUAUGAUUUAGACUUCAAGGAAUUCCAAUGAUGAAGAUUUUAAGGAAAAUAUUUUAUAUUCAACAGGUAUAUUCUGCUGCAUGUACUGUACUCCAGAGCUGUUAUGUAACACUGUAUAUAAAUGGUUGCAAAAAAAAAAAAAAGUCAGUGCUUCUAAAAAGAAUUUAAGAUAAUGGUUUUUAAAAUGCCUUUAUAAUAAGCUUUGUUUCUUUGUGAAACUAAUUCAGCAGGCUGAAGGAAAUGGUUCAUGUGAUAAAGUGGGCUGGUAUCCUCUAGAGUACCUGGGUACAUAAACAGAAACUCCUGUAGGUAAAAAGUAAUUUGUGCCAUUAGUCUUUCUAUGUUUCUGCAUCCAGAUAGAGUGCAGUUCAUGAGGGAGGGGGCGGGGGACUGAAGGGGAAAGGGUGUUAAAGUGAUACAUUUUUAUACCAAAUGUGUUUAUUUUUUUGUGCAAGUAAUCCUUAAAAUUGCAAUUGUAUUAGGUGUUAAAAUAAAGUUUUUAAAAAACUA